CUCGGCUGGGGCUCCUUCCGCUUCCCCGAGCCAGCGCCAGCGGAGGCCGCGCGAGGAGAGAGAGGGCCCGCUCCCUCCCGCCUCAGAGGAAGGUUUUGGAAAGAUAUCAGACAGUUUUGGGUGAACUGAAAACUGGAAGAGAUUAAAAAUGUCCAAAAUAACUACAGAACUUCUGUUGGAAAGAGCAGUGCCGAAAUCCACAAGGCUGAGGAAGAUCAAAACUCUGAACCUGUCCAGAUUGCAAAUAACAACAGAAGAUUUGGAACCACAAUUAUUUUCUCAUCUCCGCCACCUCCAAGAGUUGGACCUGUCUGACAAUCUGCUAGAGCGGCUACCCGACAACCUAAGCCUGCCAAACCUCCGGAUUCUCAAUUGCAACAACAAUCAGCUUGAAGAUGUGACUGCCUUGCAGCAGUUCCCACAGCUGGAAGAACUAACCUAUGUGAAUAAUGUAUACCUGACACCUAGCGAUGACUAUAAGGUCAUGUUUCUUCUGCGAAAUCUCCGACAGCUGAACGGCAAGGAUGUCACCAAGCUGGCCAAUCACGUGAGGGUGGUCAACAGUCGUGAGCUGACCAGCAGGGUCACUGCUCACUGGGGGAAAAACUUCCGUAACCAGCUACCUAAAACUUUGUCACCUGAGCAACUGAAAUCGAUCAGGAAAAAAUUUGUCAGGUCUGCACAAGCUAAUGUCGCAUAUGGACCCAGCUCACUCAGCGACUUCACUCGAUGGCGGGUGAAAAUGAUUGCAGAGGAAUUCUUGACUUCACUGAUAAAACAAGAAGAUAACGCUGCUCCUGAAUCAGAAGAAAAGAUGGAGGAGGAGGAGGAGGAGGAGGAGGAAGAGGAAGAAGAAGAGAAGGAGGAAGAAGAAGAAAAGGAAGACAAAAUUGCAGAAAACGCAGCAGAGACAGCUUCUAAGGGCGCAGUAACCUCCAGCAAGAGGAAAGGGGCUCGUUCCAAAGGAGGAGCCACAAGCAAAAGAUCCCGUUCCCAAAGCAGCUCUAAGGAGGAACCGUCUCCCAGCCCCAAGAAGGCCAGCCGCUUGCAGGAUGAGCGUGGUUCCGAGGAACAGAGAGCGUCUCGCCCGCAGUCCAAGGAAUCUCACCCCACCCAUGAUUCUGAAGGGGCUCAUCGGAACGGAGGGCGGCUUCCAAAAACACAUAGCCACAAAAGGGCCAGUCAGCAGAAAGAGGAGCACAAGGAGGAGGAAGAAGAAGAGGAGGAGGAGGAGGAAGAAGAGGAGGAGGAGGAGGAUGGAAAAGAUGUUUGUAGCACCCCCGUCAAGGACUUGGAAGGCGAGGAGACAAUCAGCCUGGAGCCCAUCCAUUUUCUACAGUGUCACAGUAAAGGAAACAAUAGGGAUGACUUCAAAACCCAGCUGUGGGCCUGUGUUUUUGAGCCUCCACUGGACUGUGGGACAAGAAAAGAUCCAGUGGUGAGCUCAUCCAGGACAGCGGCUACCUGUGGCGGGGACUCGGUUUGUCUGGUUGACUGUGAGACUGGCAUUGUCUUGAAAAAGUACAAAGUGACUGGAGAGGAUUUUUUCACUGUUGCAUGGACAACCCUGACAAUGGUGACCAGUGAUGGGCGCAAAAAAAGGCACAAUGUCUUGGCUGCUGCUGGGAGGCGAGGAAUCGUGAAACUGAUUCACGUGACUGCUGAUUACUGCUAUGGGGAAAUCAAGGCCCACAAAAAGCCCAUCGCUACUGCCUGCUUCAGUCCAGUCAAUGAGACACAUCUCUUCACUGCCUCCUAUGACAAGAAGAUAUGCGUGUGGGACAUCGGAGUGCCAGACUGUGACUAUAAUUUCAAAGAAAGGCAGCUGAUGGUGCUGGAGACGGUGGCCACACCUUUACGGAUUGCUCUCGUUCCCUCUUGCCCAGACCGGUACUUAGUGGCAGGUUGUGAGCAAGGCUGCUUUGCCUGGGAUAUUAGACUGGAUGAGACGCAACAGAAAAACAGAUCUCAUGAAGUGGAGUUUCAGUUCCCGGAUGAUAAGGGGGAUGAGACUUCUUCCCACCGGGUGGAUGGCCUGGCCUUUUUGAAUGAAGACAUUGUGGUUACCAAAAGUUCUAAGGCGGGGUCCAUAAACCUUUGGAGUUGGAGCCGCUCUUUCAAAGAACAGAGAAAGGGGUCUCGGAGGACAGUGCCAGCGGUCAUUCUGGCGGAACUGGAAUGGUCCUCAACAGAUCUGCCUUACCUCACCCUUAGCACGUGCCCAACAGAGGAGUACGUCUUCUGUGGCGACGAGAAAGGAAGUGUGUGGCUGUAUGACCUCAGUAACCACUUGUCGGCUCUCAAUGCUGCCAAGGAAGAUCGUGUGACCAAGAGAAUAGGACCCUCACAGGUUCUUAAGUGGCCAGAACUGAAGGCAAAUGGAGAACCCUUGACAGACGUCUUGGUGAACAACGUGGUUGCGGACCCUUCCUUCACUUACCUGGUUGCUCUAACCGAUGUGAACAUUGCUGCGAUAUGGAAGAAAGCCUAGCUGGCCUGGCUUACUCCCCACCCCCCCCUUCCCAGGAGAGGCGCCUCAUUUUUCGUCCUGUUUCAGUAGUGCAGUAUUUGUGACCGUUCACGGAGAAUAACCAGAAGGGGAAAUUUUAAGUUCAUGUUAUCAAUGCAAGAAAAAUCAACAAAAGGGGUUGGUUAGAACUAUGUCUUGUUAUUGCCAAUACCUGCAUCUCUUAACUGUGAGUUUGCUUCAUUGGUGUAUUACGUGUAUUUGUUUUAUAGAAAGACAGUAUUUAAUAAAACUUGAUACCAGA